GUGGUUCGGCUAUUGAAGCUGAUGCCGGACGUCGACACCAGCGACGGCGCCAAGCUGUGGGCCGAAGGAGGCAAAUGGCCAGAUGGCAGGAAGAUCCUGAAGACCCUCACAAGCUCAGCAUCGAAGAUGAGCGGCGAUCACCCACCGAACGUCUUCGCGGCCGUUCUCGCUACCAUCGAGCGGUACCAAGAGCACGAGAAAAGCCUUCAGGGACUCGACGACGAGACACACGAGGCCAUGCUCACGGUGGCGCUCACUCGCCUCCGGAGCGACCCGAG